CUGGAUUCCACAUCACUCGUGUGCGGAUGGAUUUCAGUCCCUCACCACACGGACAUCCUUCCCUGAACGGCUGUCAAUCCCGCUCUCCAGCUCGAGUCACAGCUCAUGCGCCCGAUGUUUUGCGAUGGACUCUUGGUCCCCGGUGAGGUAACUGCGCUUGUUUCUACCUGUCGGGUAACGCAGCGUUCGAUCGAAUAGGGUUCCUCCCCGCCGCCGCCAUCACCAUGCCGAGCACUUUCACGCUACACUACCCGCAUUCAAUAGUUGAUCAGCCGUACAGCCUCUCUCACAAGCCCAAGUCAAUCAAUGCGAGCGUGCCCGGCAGUGGUCCAAUGACGACUAUGCCGCCGUGGACGAUGAAGAUCAACAGCUCAAUUGCCCAUUGGCAAGGAAUUCCAGGAUGGCCAUUCGGGUGGGCAUAUUGAUAUACUCAUUGCAACCCUAAAGAUUUCGAUACUCUUGGCCCACUGCGUUCCGCAUCGAUCUGUGUCCAAAUUGGUGCGUUGCCUCCCCUGUCCCGCGUACAACAUGUUUUGGUCCGCGCUUCUCUAUUAGUGUCUCGUCCAACAUAAUGUGAGGUUCGUCGUCUUCGGAGGCCAUCAAGGAUAUUUCAGGGCCUCGGCGAGUUCUUCGCGGCAACGACGACGUUAAUUUUCGACCAUGGUGGGCGGCCGGCAUGCAACUAUGGUCCGCCUCCCACCCUCUUCCAUCCCCCUCUAGCCAAGCUAGACUGUCACCUUUGCCAUAUCGACGAGAAAUUGGACGAG